GCGCAGCAUCCAGGGACAUGUCCACACGUAGACACAAUUAACAUUCACUCAAAGCGCGUCCUCACUGGCGGGGUUUUAUUCCUAAAUUUCAUUUUUUACAAUGAGGGAAAAAGGAUCCAUCAUUGUAUUAGUUCCGCCAGACGGGAGAGCAUGUGACGAAGCCGUGGAAAUGUCUCUGCUGCCGCUUUUCUAAAGCGCUGCUGGGCAUCUUAAUUUACCGAGCUGUGAACUGUGAGUGAAGCACUUAAGCAACACCGGGGGAAGUUGUGACUGAAAAGUAAUGCAAGAGGACAACUGCAAACUGUCCCAAAGAGAUUUCUCUGAAACUCUUAUUUUGCUGAUGUGAAAACAUUCGGAGUUGUUCGGGUCUGAAGGCCCCAUUGUUCAGUUUUCUAAGUGGGCUGCCGUGCGCAUAUUUGAGUGUGUAUUUGUGUGCAGGAGCAAAGAGGAGGAGGAGGGAUAAAAUAGGGGUGUCUGCCCUACUAACUCUGCCCCCAGCGCGAGCCCCUUCAUCCUCCCCCUUGUUGUCAUGCACAAGCGCUCUCCCUCUGGCACAAAGUAGGCUGGCAACACAACAGCCAUGUGUUUUAGCUCCGCGCUUUGAAGGGCACCAAAAACUUUUCAGAACUGGUUCUGAGAGCAUUGCAGAGAGAGAGAGAGAGAGAGAGAGAACAGAGAAACAGGGAGUGAACUUAAAGAAGGAGUAAAUCUGUGUGGGAGGAAGAUGAGGCAGGAAAGGCCAGAGAGAUAAAUAAGCCGCGUUUUAUGUGAUGUUUUGAUAGAAGACACUUCAGCUGGAGGAAUUCACAACAAAAGUUGGUCGACAGCUCCUUCGAAAGAUGCAGCGUGAAGACCUGUCUGCCAGAGAAGAGUUCACCUACAGCCGCACGUCCACACUGGAGAGGAGCAACGGGACACUGGGGCGGAGGGGCGACAGGAGUCUGGAGAGAAGGCCAGACCGGGGGGAGAGGGAGAGGCCGGAGCGUGACAGCUAUACAGUGGACGUGAGGGCCAGUGACCUGCAGCUGGCCCAGCCGGAGCCUCUAAAGCAUCCCUGCUUCAGCUACAGGGCCUGGCUCUACAGUGUCCUCAUAGGGGGGAGUCUGCUCAUCACAUCUGGUUUCUCCCUGUACCUGGGAAAUGUCUUUCCUGUUGCCAUGGACUACUUGCGCUGUGCUGCAGGCUCGGGUAUCCCUGCAGCAAUAGCAAGCUUUGCUAUUGCCAAGAAACGACGUGUUGCAGUGUCAGACUUCCAGGUGGUCUACGUGUCGACAUUUGCCGUGACGACCACCUGCCUUGUCUGGUUUGGCUGCAAACUGGUCUUGAAUCCUUCUGCUGUCAAUAUAAACUUUAACCUGAUCUUGAUGAUCGUGCUGGAGGUGUUGAUGGCCACCACCGUCAUACUGUCGGCCCGCUCUGCAGACGACUGCUGCUGCCACAGAAAGUCCUAUGACAGACCUGUGGUGGUAAAACCUGCGGUGUUCCCCACUCGACUCCUUAAAGCAUAUUCUGUUAUUGAAGUGAUUGUGGGAAUCUCUGCCGUGUUCGGAGGGAUUAUCGCCCUCAACAUGGACGCUCUGCUUCCUGGUCCAUACUUGUCUGUCACGUUUUUCUGGAUCCUUGUAGCUUGUUUUCCAAGUGCAAUCGCCAGUCAUGUUGUGUCAGAAUAUCCCAACAAAUGCCUGGUGGAGGUGCUGAUUGCCAUCAGCAGCGUGACGUCUCCCCUCCUCUUUUCAGCCUCGGGUUUUCUUUCUAGCAGCGUGAUCAGUUUUAUUGAUAUUUUUCUGCAUGACGUGCCUACAGCCAAGCAAUCCUAUGACAUCCUGCUGUUGAUUCUGAUGGUGCUGCUGCUGGUGCAGGCAGUACUUACUUCAGCCACUGUGGUGCACUGUGCAACAUACAAGAGUCGACUCCGCUUGGGGGCUCCAGAGUGUGAGGACAGCUUACAGACUGCGACUCAUUACCAUGAGCAGCAAACACCCAAUGGGACGCUGCAGGACUACGACAAAGACAGAGCCUGGAAGGCGGUUUUGGUCCAAAUGGCCCAGUGAGAAAUCUCGUCUUGUCUACAGAGGUUUGCCUUGCAGAAGGAAAAAUCAGAGAAGGUAACAAUGAAGAAAUCCCCAUAAGAAUGAGAAAAACAAAAGAAAUGAACCAGAAAAGCGGAGCUGAAAAUAAAGAAUGAAAGACUAAUAAGAAAGUCUUUAAAAGCUUUGUUGUUCUUCUUUUUCAUUUGCAUAAAGAUGUUGUGGGCAUUCGUCUUUUCGGUUUAGGGAUUUUUUUCUGUACCAUUAAUUAAUUGUAACUAUUUCUAGAAAGUAUUUUAUCACAAAACAUCAUUUUAAAAAACGUUAUUGUUAAGAAUGUAUAACAGUCAACCGAGGCAGUAAUCAGCAAAUGGUUCUGUGGCUUGAGUCCACAAAUAACUCAUCAUUAGACGUUUGAAGUUACACUUUGAUGCAUACAAUAACUUUUUUUUUCCUCAGUUGAAAGAAUGAUUUCAAAAGUUGUUCUCUAAUGUGAUGCAUAUAUUUAUAAAGAUGUUUACUGAUUUCCUUAUUUAGAAUAAUGACUCAUAAUAUAUCCUAGCAGAUUUUGUUCUUCUUUGUCCUUGUGGUUUGAGAUGUUGCAACUUUUUUAUUACAAAGUAGCUGAUGUGUUAUUGCGGGCACAACGAUGUGAUGCACAGAGAAAGGGCUGAGAUGAUUUUUUCAAAUAAAACUUGUUUGGAAAUUAUUGAG